UAAUGAAGCCUUUGCUGAUUUUUGGGCUUCGUGGGACACUAGUGGAACGCCUACACGCGCGUAACGUACCCAGUGGGAUGCCCGCGCCAGACCUGACUGUUGGCCUCGCUAAGGUAUGGCUGCGUCCGCAUCUCCUUUCUACUCUUCUUGCCUUGCAGGAGCACUGCCGUUUGGCAGUGUGGAGCUCGACCACGGCGCGGAAUACGAGGCCGUUAAUGAGCGCUGUGUUCAACGCUUAUGCUACUGACGCCGACCCGGGCAUCGUAACAGGCAGCAGGGUGGCCAAGCAACUCAAGGCGCAGAGCUCUGAGGCAGCUCCAGGUUCAACCGAGACUGUUUCGAGGUUUCGUAAGCGUGGUGGAAAGGCAUCGUCCGGGUUCCAAACGGAUGACGUCUCAGCUUCUUUAGAGCAGUCACCGAAGUUUGAGUUCAUCUGGUCGCGUGAGCACACUUCUGUAGACGAUUUCCGUCGCCGGAACGCUGUCGUCAAUGAUGAUGCGUAUGCUACCGUGAAAGACCUAAGCCGUGUCUUUCAGCAGUUUCAGGAAAUCGCCCAGCCGAGUAACACCGUUCUUAUCGAUGACACCCCGAGUAAAGGCAAACUUCACGCAGAUAAUUUUUUGUGGCUUGACACAUGUGAGGGGCUUGGAAUCCAAGAUCAACAAGGCAUGAGGCAAUUACACACCUUUGUGAUGGAGAAGCUGCUGCCAGCAAAGGAUGUACGGGAGCUACUUCCAGCACGGAUUCGUACAGGGCGUGUGGAUUCCAAGAUUUGAGUGUGAUAUGCUAGGGGAGUGAGAAAAUAAUAGGGAGAGGGAGCGGUCCCCUGAUGCAGACGUCAACUAUGCCUGCUCUUUUUGGUGCACUAAGACGUGAGCUGUUUAUCAUUUUUCAAGUCAUAUAGUACGACAAUUCGUUUCUAGUAUUACUAUUUACCCCCUUCAGAAUAUAAUAGAAAAAUGCGUUGCUACUAAAACAACACUUUAUAAGCUCUAUAAAGAUGACUUCUAGGUGCGGCUAGAGAA